AUGAACCAGAAAUAAGAGGAGCUGGAAAUAUUUGUAGUAACAGGAAAAUCGGACAAUUUUGAAACAAGAAACCGCCACGAAGACAAAACCUGAUAUUCUUGUCUGUCUAUGUUCUGUUGCCUCUGAUUUUGAUUUAUCAUUUUUGAUUGUCAGUUAUCCCUUCCUUCCUAUUCCGUUUCCGGGAGGUUGGGCUCGGUCUGGUGUUUCCCUAGAGAUCCUGAAAAGCUCCGAUUCCAAACGGAAAUCAAAUUCUGACGGAAUAUAAUCAUCAGAACGGAAACAACAUGAACAGGGGAAACGGUGGGGGUGAGACCAAUACGUAUACAACUCAUCGGCCUCAACAGACACAUCUCUCCGAUUCCAACCAUCGUAUGAUCAGUACCCAUCAUUCCGACCUUCGAGUUUAUCAAACUUGGAAAGGCAGCAAUAUUUUCUGCUGCGGCGGUACCUUAAUAUUUGGACCAGAUGUCAGCUCCCUCUUCCUUACUGUCUUCCUGAUACUCGCACCAGUUGUUUUGUUCUCUGCUUUUGUUUCUCGUGACAUUAUCAAAUACUUUCAUCCCUGUCUCGCCAGGACUCUCAUACUUAUAUGUCCUGUCUUCACCCUAUAUGUCAUGGUACUUCUUUUUCUAACAUCUUCGUGUGAUCCCGGCAUUAUUCCUCGUAAUCUUCAGCCUCCGGACGAUGAUGGCUCAGGCAUCUCAACGGAUUGGGGAGGGAUUCUUGGUAAUGGUCCUAGUAUCCCCCCGACGAAAGAUGUUGUGGUUAAUGGGAUGAUCAUCAAGGUCAAGUACUGCCAAACGUGCAUGCUAUAUCGCCCACCACGAUGCUCUCAUUGCUCGAUAUGCAACAAUUGCGUUGAGCGUUUUGAUCAUCAUUGCCCGUGGGUGGGGCAGUGUAUUGGAAAGAGAAAUUACAGAUUAUUCUUCAUGUUCGUAUCCUCUACAACGAUGCUCUGCCUCUAUGUUUUCAGCAUCUGUUGGGUGAAUGUCACCAGGAUAAUGAAUGUUUAUAAUUGUGAUCUCUGGAGGGCAUUUCUGAAGUCACCCUUUUCAGGAAUUUUGAUACUCUAUACCUUCAUAUGUGCUUGGUUUGUCGGUGGCCUUACCGCAUUUCAUCUGUAUUUGAUAUGUACCAAUCAGACAACAUAUGAGAACUUCAGGUACCGGUAUGACAAAAAGACGAAUCCUCAUAACCGCGGUUGUGUGCGUAACAUGGUACAAAUUUUCUGCUCAAAAACUCCUAAAUCAAGUAACAGAUUUAGGGAAAGGGUCAAAGUCGAGUCACCUUUGGUUUUCGCCAGCUCGAUGUCAUUUGGGCAUUCCAUGAGCCCGAAGCUACCCAAUGCUGGCUUUGACAUAGAAGUGGGGAAGCGUCAAGCUGUUGGCGGUGAGGAUUUUGAAGAAAUUCAAAGCCAUAUCGCAGACGUUGGUGGAACUCAGCCAAGACGCACAACGACAGAUCGCAUAGCCAACCGGGAUAUAACAUCUGAGAUACGUAUGCUGGCUUGAGCACGGAGAUCGACAGAAAAUCUCCCGGGAGGAUAAAUAGUUGGUUCUAUGAUGUAAAUUUUUAUGAGAAGAAAGUACUGUAAUAGCAAAGCCAUCAUGGAAUCUGAACUUGCCGGCACUCGCCAUUGACAUUGCAUGAACUGGAAAGAUUCAAAGGAGGAUAGAAUUUUCAUUUUACGUAUAUUUAAAAGGCGACAAAGAAAUGUCAUGCCGGUGCUUGUUUAGGUACAAAAGGUUACAUAUUGUAAAUCAGGCCAUCUUCAUUGUUGAUUUGGGAAUGUUGUGCUACUAUUAUAUAUCCAUUUUUUAUGGAAAGUUUUGUUGAUCGUUAAGAUUUGCGAGUCUAGCUUGCUGUACUAAGACCAAAACUCCUUACUGCUAGAAGAGAGGAGCCGAUUUCAAUAUAUUUAUAUUUUUUGUAAAAUAUAUGACCAAUUUUACGAUAUUUGUGUUUAAUAUUUUUACGGCUGUUUUCUACGCGCUAUGAAAAUGUAUUAGCGUAGUCUUUGAGUAAA